UGACGGAAUCGGACGCAUUUGGGUAAACAAGCGAGGUGCUCCAGCGAGACGGACGACACGUGCUUCAGGACAUCGUCUGGUGAAGAAGAGUGAGUUUAUUCAUACAAGAUGAAGGUCAUAAAUGGUACCAAACCAAAGCCUAAAUUUAUGAAGAAGAAGAAGCCUAAGGUGAAAAAAGGUCCCAAAGUAGUGGAGAAGAAGGAAACCGAGUCGGGAGUUGUCUUCAUAUCUCACCUCCCACAUGGAUUUUAUGAUAGGGAACUGAAGGCAUUCUUCUCACAGUUCGGAAAACUGUCAAGGGUGUCUGUACCACGGAGUGAAAGUACUGGUACAGUGUGUGGUUAUGGCUAUCUGGAGUUCCAUGUCCCAGAUGUUGCAAAAAUUGCAGCAAGUACAAUGAAUGGUUAUUUGGUUAAAGGAAAGAUUUUAAAAUGUGAGUAUGUACCUAAAGAAAGAGUAAGUGAGAAGAUGUUUCCAAAACAAAUAUAUAACAGCCACAAUUGUCCAAAAGCAAAGCGAAGAGAGGCUGCAAUUCAAAAGAUGAAUAGAGUUCUCACUCAAGAAGAGAAGGACAAGAAGGUGAAGCGGUUAAAAAAGAAGUAUGCAAAAAAGUUAAGGGAUCUAGGAAAAGAGGGUGUUAUUGUUGCCCUGAAUGGAAUGCCAAAUCACAAAAAUAUGCUGAAAAGGAUAAAACAAGAAGUUAUGGAUCCAGAACUGAAGGAUAGUGGGCCACGGACUGAAAAUAUAUACUUCGAGCGGAUAGACUGGUUUGAAAAGAAGUUCCAGGAGGUGAUAGACUCAGGCGAUAAGCUUGACUUCGAAAUAAAGACUGCUGAAGUGAGGAAGAUCAGAGACAAAGCUCUGGUGGAAGCUCUCAGUCCGGAGCAAAUGGAUACAUUAAAGGAACAGAUUAAUUCCUAUAAGAAGCAAAUGAAGAUACUGCAAGCAGAAGGCAAGAUCAGUAGGGACUUAAUCCUUGAUGAUGUUGAAGAGACAAAAAAGGUAGAAGCUGAAGAAUCCGAAACGGAGGAAGCAGAAGAAGAAUUGGAUAGUGAAUCUGAGGUAGAAGAUGAAGAGGAUUUCGAUGAUGAUGAGGAAGAAGAUGAGAGUGAGCUAGGAGAAGAAAAUGUUCCCCCCCUUCCUGAAAAGAAAAAGAAGAAGAGGGCAUUGAAGACAAAGGAACCCAAGACGGAGACUUCAGAAAAGAAGCCCAAGAGCAAGGGAGGCAACGUUAGCGUAGUUGCAACUAAGGCAGAAAUCAAGAAGAACGAACCCCUUAAAGCAAAGAAAAAGAAGGCCUCCAAAGGAAAGAAAAAGAAGGGCAAGAAAACAAAGACAGCCUUGAAUGGCACACCUAAGGAAGAAAGCGAGAAGGAACAGGAUGCCAUGGUAGUAGAAGUUGAUGGAAGUGAUGACGAAAUAGCAUUCAAAACUCCUCCAAAUAUGGUGAAGAAAUUUGUCAAGAUUACUCCAUCAUCACCUGCAAAUAAAAUCCUUACACCUGAAGGAAAGAGCACAGCCACUGAGCAGUCCCUUGUGAAGAGUCUCUUCAGCAAAAAGAAAGGCCUGCCAUCUACACCAAACAAAGCUGAAAAUGUACUUCAGGCUGCUACUCCCCAAACUGUCAAGUUGACACCAGGAGCCAAAAAACAGGGGAAGAAAAGGAAGGCGGAAGAAACUGCAUCCUCUGAUAGUAAGGAAGAACCCACAGCUAUUCUGAAGAAAACACCCAAGAAGAAUGCAAAGACACCUGGUACCCCAUCUGCAUCAUCAGCCUUAGAUCAAGUAACAAAAGAACCAGUCUCUGCAACAACAACAUCUGUUGGGGAGAGUGAAUCAGUUGAGGCAAAGACUCCAAAACCAACUAAAACUUCAGUAACUCCUAAGAAAACUCCAAAAGCUACUAAGAAAACUCCCAAAAAGGUUCCUGGUACACCGGCUGAUGAAAACAAGCCAGUUGAGGCAAAAACUCCUAAAACAACUAAUACUUCAAUAACUCCUAAGAAGACACCUAAAACUACUCAGAAAACUCCCAAAAAGGCUCCUGGUACACCAACAGAUGAAAACAAACCAGUUGAGGCAAAAACCCCUAAAACAACUGAUUCUUCAAUAAUUCCUAAGAAAACUCCUAAAAAGGCUCCUGGUACACCAGCAGAUGAAAACAAACCAGUCGAGGCAAAAACCCCUAAAACAACUGAUUCUUCAAUAAUUCCUAAGAAAACUCCUAAAAAGGCUUCUGGUGCACCAACUGAUGAAAACAAACCAGUUGAGGCAAAAACUCCUAAAUCAACUAACACUUCAAUAACUGCAAAGAAAACUCCUUCCAAAGCUACUCAGAAAACUCCCAAAAAGGUUCCCGAUGCAUCAGCUGAUGAAGACAAACCAGUUGAGGCAGCAGAAAUUCCUAAAACCCCUGUAGCAAAGACAGGUAUGACAAAAACACCAAAAUCAACAAAAAGAAAAGAUGAAAAUAGCAAUGCAGGAGAACAACCUGUUGCAGCCAAUGGCAUGACUCCACUCAAAAGAACAGUAGAAGAACCUCAGGCUAAAGAACUCUUUAAGAAAUUAAAGGCAGAACAAACCACAACUCCCAAGAAAACUGCAAAGACACCUGGUACCCCAUCUGCAUCAUCAGCCUCAGAUCAAGUAAAUGAAGAAACUGUUGAGACACAGACUCCCAAGGCAGCAAAAACUCCCAAAACUCCCAAAACUCCAAAGGCAAAGAUAGAUGGUACAAAGACACCAAAAUCAACAAAAAGAAAGGCAGGUGCUCCAUUAGGUCAAAGUGAUGGUUCAGCAGCAUUACCUACUCCUGUUCUUGACGGAACUCCACUCAAAGAGACUGGAGAACCACAAGGUAAAAGUCUUAAGAAACUAAAAGUAGGUCCCACAGAAUUGGCUACAACUCCAGCAAAAACUCCAGCAAAAACUCCAGCAAAAACUCCAGCAAAAACUUCAGCAAAAACUCCAGCAAAAACUCCAGCAAAAACCCCAGCAAAAACUCCUGCAAAAACUCCUAGGAAGGCCAUUGAGAAGACCCCUAAAGUAGAUGAAAGCUCAACAACUCCUCUUCGAAAGUCCCCAAGAAGUGGUAAGAAAAAUAGGUCUUAAGCUCCUGCACCAAAGAAAACAAAAAAGACAAAAAAAAAACAAAAAACAGAAAA